UCCCGCCGCCAUUGGUAGGUCCCGGCUGCCCGCGGUGCGUGCCGGGAAGCGUUGCGGUGGGGCCCCGCUGAGGUGCGGGCGGCUCUUUGCUCCCGCCAUGGCGCUCAACAAGUCGAUGCACUCACGCAACCGCUACAAGGACAAGCCGCCCGACUUCGCCUACCUGGCCGGCAAGUACCCCGAGUUCCGGCAGCACGUACACACCACACUGGCCGGCAGGGUGAGCCUGAACUUCAAGGACCCCGAGGCGGUGAGAGCCCUGACGUGUACCCUUCUGAAGGAGGAUUUUGGGCUCACCAUUGACAUCCCCCUGGAAAGGCUCAUCCCGACCGUCCCCUUGAGGCUGAACUACAUCCACUGGGUGGAGGAUCUCAUUGGCCAUCAGGGUGCUGACAAGGGAGUGCUCAGGCGGGGCAUUGACAUAGGGACAGGGGCAUCAUGUAUAUACCCAUUACUUGGAUCAACGUUGAAUGGCUGGUAUUUUCUUGCAACAGAAGUGGAUGAUAUGUGCUUCAAUUAUGCCAAGAAGAACGUGGAACAGAAUAACUUGUCUGAUCUUAUAAAAGUGGUUAAGGUACCACAGAAGACUCUUCUUAUGGAUGCACUGAAAGAAGAAUCUGAGAUAGUUUAUGACUUCUGCAUGUGCAACCCUCCUUUUUUUGCCAACCAAUUGGAAGCAAAGGGAGUAAAUUCUCGAAACCCACGGCGCCCUCCUCCGAGUUCUGUAAAUACAGGAGGGAUCACUGAAAUCAUGGCUGAGGGGGGAGAGCUAGAGUUUGUCAAGAGAAUUAUUCACGAUAGCUUACAACUGAAAAAGAGGUUACGGUGGUACAGUUGUAUGCUGGGGAAGAAAUGCAGUUUAGCACCUUUGAAAGAGGAACUUAAAAUCCAGGGGGUUCCUAAAGUUACGCACACGGAAUUCUGUCAAGGACGUACUAUGAGAUGGGCACUGGCGUGGAGUUUCUAUGAUGAUGUACAAGUACCUUCACCUCCCUCUAAGAGAAGAAAACUAGAAAAACCUCGAAAGCCAAUUACAUUUACAGUCUUGGCUUCUACAGUCAAGGAAUUAUCCAUCAAAGCUGCAGCGAUGGGCUGGGAUGCUGUAGAAGGCAUUGCUGUUGUUAGAGCCUGGAUAGAGAAGAUUCUCGCUGAUUUGAAGGUUCAGCAUAAGCGUGUUCCAUGUGGGAAAGAUGAAUUGAGCUUGUUUGUGACUGCCAUUGAGAACUCCUGGGUGCAUCUGAGGAGAAAGAAACGAGAGAGGGUAAGGCAACUACGAGAACUUCCUCGAGCUUCUGAUGAUGUGCCGCAAGCAAUGGAAGAGGAAAAAAACAGCCAGAACAGCGUCAGCAAGAGUUUGGACUGUGAAAAAUCCAAGACUGAAGACUCUGAAACUGAGCUUGUGGCACCCGAUGAGGAUGUCCACUUGACUGCAGAUGAUGAGCUAAGGGAAGAAUCAGCUACCAAAGAAUUUAGUGAGCAUAUGGAAGAGGAGGAGACAGAAGCACAGCAGGCAGAAGCAUCAUUUAACGAAGGUUCCAGUAGUGCAAAGCUGGGACCUCUGCCUUCAGAGGAAGCCAGCAAUCUAACAGCUGAAAAAGGACAAAGUCCCAAAGAAACCGGUAGAUGUUUCCUCUUCAAGUGUUUAAUGAAUGUGAAGAAAGAAGGAAGUGAUGUUUUAGUAGAAAUGCACUGGGUUGAAGGACAGAACAGAGACUUAAUGAACCAGCUGUGCACAUACCUGCGGAAUCAAGUUCUUCGGUUGGUUGCUAGUUAGCCCUUUAUCUCACUUUGGUAAAAACAAGUCUUCAAGUUUUAUAAGCUAUUUUUUGAUGGCUUGAAUGGUUAGCAAAAUAAGAUUUCAUUAGUAAAAUGAAAAUUAAAGCUCUUUUUAAUGUUAAAUAGCAUUUCUUAAGGCUGCAGGGAAUACAUGAAGUAUGACUUCUCAUUCAGUGAAGGACAGGGAAGUAAUAUAUCUUGUUUUGUAGAUAUAAAACUACACAUCGCAGUGAGACACAUCAAUGCUGUGACCAUUUCAAGUAACAACAGCGCUCUUUUUUUUCCCUCUUCUCUAUUGUAAUGGAUUUAUAUAUUGUUACUAUGUAGACGAGUACUUGAAUGAAAUAUUUUCUCCAGUAUUUUUCAUACAAACACAGGAAAAUGGUCUGCCUUGGGAGUUGCCUUCUGUGCAACUAUUGAGUCCUCAGCCGGGGUGUGAUUAGCCUUUGACCUACAGGGUAACAAGAUGGAUACAAUCCUUUAAGUGCUGACUUAUUAAAGAAGGAAACAUUCA